UGAAAGAAAACAGGGGGAAAGGAGGAUUCUUAGAAAAAUAAAUGCUGUAAGAGGAAGCUGCAGAGGAAGAAUGGAUGAAAAAGAGGCAACACAAAAGAGGAUGUCGUGUGAGGAGGCUCAGCUCCACAAAGAGAGGCUGCAGGCCUUAGCGGAGAAGCGAAAAAGGCAAACAGAGAUUGAAGACAAAAAAAGCCAGCUUGAUGACCUGGUUGUACAGCUGCAGCAUCUCAAGUCCAAAGCCAUGCGUGAGCGAUGGCUCCUCCAGGGAAUGGGAGUGGAGGAAGAAGAGGCACGGCGGAAACAGCUUGAACAGGAUGAAGAACAAGGGAAGAGGCUGGAAGACCUCAUACAAAGGAGUGGAAAAGAUGGAAGACAUUUGACAGGCCCUGAAAAGUUGCUGACAUUGCACAAUAAUGUUUGUAUCUACAUAAGAAAAGACAGGCUUGAAUCUGAAAUCGGUGCACUUGAGAGUGAAGAGUCCCAAAUUUCAGCCAAAGAACAGGUUCUCAGAGAACGCCUGAAAGAGACAGAGCGCUCGAUAGAAGACCUACAGAAGAGUCUGAUGAACCAGGAUGGAGAUGCCACCGGCUGCAUGUCCACCGCUCUCUCGGACUGCACGGACAUCACUCCAGACCAGCUCGUCCUGGCCACGCAGCCUCGGGCCGGCCAACCUGCCUCCGGGGAGCACGCCAUACCAAGACCUGCAAUGUUUGCCAUGGAGAUCAACGUGCAGCAUGACCCGCAGACCGGCGAGCAGCGCAUCCUGUCAGCCAGCCGCGUGAACCCACAUGACGCUGCUACGCGUGGUGUAAAAGUCUACGAUGAUGGCAGGAAAGUGGUCUACGAGGUCACAUCCUCUGGGGGUGUGUCCACCACCACGGUGGAGAAUGGCUGGAGCUCUGCACAGGUCGACCAGCUGAUCCAGCGAGCUGCCAGACCUGUCGUACAUGGAGGGGAUGGCAGCAGAGGUCAUGUGACAGUGACCCCUGCUUCCCCAAAGGCUUAUGUUUCCCCACUAGAUGUUGAUGAUCUGUCUCCGCCCUCCUGUGCACCACCCUCCAUCCCUUCUAGCCCCCCAGCUCAGGUGACCCUUCAGAGGGAGACCCGGCUGGGUAUGAUGCCCCCUUCUGCUCCCAUAACGACUCAGCCCGGCUCCUCGGCCCACCCAGGCUCCGAGCUCACCUCUCCUCCACAAGCCACAGCAGAGCACCCAGUCACCAUGGUGUUCCUUGGCUACCAGGACGUUGACGACAUGAGCGAGAGUAGGCGUCUCCUUGGUUUUGAUGGCGCUGUGAAGGCCGAGGUGGUCUUGAUAGAUGAAGAUGACGAGAAAUCCCUGAGAGAGAAGACAGUCACUGACCUAUCGAUCAUCGACGGCACUGCGGCUGACCUUGUGUCAGGACGGCCAGCCACGUCUGAGGCCGCCAGCACGGAACUGUCAUCAGACAGCCGUGAGCCUGAUAGCGCCUCCUCACCCCCUGCAAAUGCUGACGCCAACACAGCUCCCCCACCUGGCCUCACCCCAGCCACAGGUAAUGGCCAGACAGCGGAGGUUAGUGUUACAACAUCAAAUGGCUAUCAAGCACCCAUUCUGACCAGACAUCCUCACAAUGUUAUGAAAUCUUGGCGGGCAGCAGAGGAUGUCAGUGACCCCAUACCAAGAGAGCGAGCCCUGAAGAGCGUCAGUUUCCAGGAAUCGGUCAGCGUUAUCACAGACAGGCCUACAAGCAUGGAAGUGGAGAGUCAGGAGAUCCAACAUGGCUGCCUUAGCGGUCCUAGCAACCAAGCCCACAAUGCCAUUGGUGUGAAAGUCGAGACUUCUGACAGUGAAGUCAUGCAGGAGAUUCGCUACCUGGACCAGGUUUUAGACGCUGCCUCAGAAACACCAACCAAUGGGAGCUCUUCACCAUCAGAACACACAAAACCAAUCAGCAUCAUUGGAAACUCUCCAUCUGUGUGUGUCUCAGCUUCCUCUCCUGUCAAUCAUGUUGUUGUUGUCGAGGGCCAAAGACAAACCACGUUUCUUCACCACGACGACUCUGCUGUUAAGACCAACGGGCACGUACAGGGAGAGGAUUCAGGGAGCAGUAAGGCCAGGUUUGAGCUGAGAGCACUCCAUGAGGAAAGGCGUCCAGCAAAACUGUUCUCCCCAGGAGAAGAGCAGCAGGUCAGGGUGACAAGAAGACGACCAUCAGAGGAGGUUCAGGAGCUAGAACGUGAGCGUCAGGAGCUGAUUAAAGAUCAGGCAGUGAAGAAGAACCCUGGGAUCGCACAGCGCUGGUGGAACCCUCCUCAGGAGGUACCUUUGGAAGAACAGCUGGAUGCAGAGCAGCUUGAGUCACUUAAGAAAUACCAGGAGAGAAAGCAGCAGAAACAGCAUCAUACUUAUGCAUAUGCACAGCCCCAGUUGUCAGGCCCUCCCUCAAUGGUGACUUUUGACCCAGAACUACACAGGAAAGACAUUGUGGAGGAGCAGAUUGACUUUUCAUCAGCCAGGAAGCAGUUUCAGCAGGGGGAUGCCACCAAAAGGGAUGUAGCUCCUCAUAUAUACUCUGCCAAACCUUUUUCUAAAUCCACAACCAGGAGCAGCCAGGGGAACAGUGACUUUGUUGCAGAAACAGGAGAGGGUCAUGUGACUUGGUCUGAUGAAGGACUGGCAGGGGAAUUUACUUGUGCACGAGCUGUAAUGACAAUCCUGCGUGAAGAAGAGGAAGGGAAGAGCCAUUUCCAUCCAGCUUUUCACCCAGAGGAGUCUGACUCCGGAUUGGAUGAGCUGUCUGUCCGUUCUCAGGACACUACUGUGUUUAGCCUGGAUAAUGUUUCUGACAGCGGCGCUUCACUACCACCUACACCUCUGCCUCUUACUCCAGUUUCACCUCCUACCCCCCAACCAACUACACCAAUCAAUGGGCAGACAACUGGCAUUCCAACAGAGGACGAGCUAGAGUACCAUGCUGGGGUUCUAGUCCAGAAUGCCAUCCAAAAUGCCCUUGCAGCUCAGAAUGGAGAAGAGUGGCAGUCGUCUGGCUUGAAUUCUUCACAACUGAGUGCCCCUGUCUCUCCAUCCACAGCCUCUACAAGCAGCCCAGUGCCAGUUUCUUCCUCUCCUGUGUCAUCUGGUGGCGCACCAAGUCUUCAGUCCCCAGUGUCCUCCAGUCCCGCACCACCAAACUUGUCUCCUCAACUGGAGAGAAAGCCAGGGGUGAGAGUCAUCCCUGAAGGGAAGCCUUCAGAAUCAGAGAAACAGCAGCAGCAGCCAAAGCUCCAGACACCUUCUCCGCCUCCUUCUCAGCCCAUCUCUCCACCACAGAGGCCCAAAAAUGGAGGUCCAAGGAUUAAAAUCCAGUCCUCUUAUGCCAGAGCACUCGCCUCCUCAGUCCCAACUCCAGCCCCAGCUCCUGCCCCAGGGUCAUCAGCCCCUGUCCCCAGGCCAAUCCCAGUCUACCGUCCCCCUUCUCCUCCAAGCCCAGAGAAACCAGAGUUCAGCUACUUCAGUAAAUACUCGGAGGCGGCUGAGUUGCGCAGCACAGCAGCAGCACCCCGAGGCCCUGAGGCCGAGGCAGCCAGUGGCCCGUUCCGCCUGCGCUCCAAGAAGCAGCGGACUCUGUCAAUGAUAGAAGAGGAGAUCCGGGCAGCUCAGCAGAGAGAGGAGGAGCUGAAGAAACAAAGGCAGGCACAGCCAGUUGUUACUGUCCGCUCCAGCAAUACUUUAGGCAGCAGUCACAGUAAUGUGAGGACGGGAAUGCGGCAAACCACCAUUUCUCCUGCAGAUAAGAUGAAGAGCAACAGCCUGCCUGCUAGACUCACACUGACAGCGAGGACAGCACCAGGAAAGAUUGAGAAGGUUCGACCUGCACCGCCUGUCUCACCCUCACCCUCAGAAGGAGCCCUGUCUGACGCUGGCAGUGAGGACUCGGGAGGAUCUCGACCCAAAAACUUUAUGCAGACGCUCAUGGAAGACUAUGAGACACACAAAGUAAAGAGGAGGGAAAUAAUGGAGGACAACAGUGUCUUGGAGGCCACUCGUGUCACCAGGAGGAAAAGUGAUAUGGCCAAGAAGUGGGAAGCUGGCAUCUAUGCCAAUGAGGAAGGAGAGGAGGAAGAAGAGGAGGAGGAGGAAGAAGAGGAGGAGUGAAGAGCUUCUUUCAGAGGGGAGAAUGGAGACUAAAAUGCAAUCAGGAGAAGAGGAGGAAAAAGCAAUUGAUUAAGGACAAGAAAAGAAACAGUAUUUAUUUCACUUAAAGUAUUCUGAUGAUCACAUGACCUACUGGGUCUCUUGAAGAGAUGAAUCAAGGUGUUUUUGGACCGGAGGAUUGAAGGAGCAACAGCAUGUAAAAAAACUGAGUAUGUGAGAGACAUUUGAAGUGUUGAGCUGAGUUUAAAGAAGGUCAGUAAUGCAAGAGACACUUUGAAAAGGUUUUAUGGUAAUUUGAGUAACGUGACGAAAAAGGUUUUUUAAUAGCUGGUAGACACUGAAUGACAAAUAUUCAUAGGAUUGUUCAUUCACCUGAUACUUUUUAUUGAAAUACAGGUUCAUUUGUAAAGAUUUGAUUUCAACAGGUUGCCUGAGAGUUGUUGUUGAUGGUUUUAGAAGAUGGUGCUUUUAACAAACCCUGUUAUCUUAUGAUGCAUGGAGAUGACGAGCAGGUAUGUGCAGAGUGACUAUGAAAAAUACAAAUAAUAGUUUACGAAAAAGGAAAAAUGAGGCCUGAUAUACAAUCAGAUACAUCUUUUAUUUCAGAAAUCCUAACCUGGAUUUUGCAACACUGAAAAAUGUUUGACCUAAACAUCACUUUCAAAAUCCAUGUAGAUUACCCUUCUGUAGGUCCUGGUGGAGCUUUGUAAUCCUUACAAGUAAUAAAUCUUAAGUGCCCAAUCAAGGGUCAGCCUCCUUGAGCUGCUAAAUCUAGUAAGGAAAGUAGCUAAAUUAGCAUCAAUGUUCAACUUUGCCUUAGAACAUCAGUGAUUGUUUAUGCACGAUAUGUAUGGUGCAUAUAUCUUCUGCUAUUCUGCAUAACUACAGUGUCAGUAAAUGGUAGAGAAAACAAAUGACCACAUUAGAUGGAUUGUCUGUGUAUGAAACACUUUUUUUCAGUGACUUCAUGUCUGUGUUAGGAGUGGAGAGAAGCUAACUGCAGGUCAUGUUUGUGUCACUUCAGUGUUUGUAUGAAUGAAAGGGCUGGGUUGGGGUUUUAUACUCUAAAAUCACUUAUUUUACCUUUGCUGGCUAUGUCGCUUUGUUGACCUGUGCUUUUUGAUGUAAGCAUUUGAUUCAUGUAUUAUACUGAGGUAGGAUUGUGUAUUUGAUCUAUGAACAUGAAUGUUGAGAUUCCAGUUGGGCAACUGCCGUGUAUCUGCUAUAUCUUGCUAGCUGAGGAUAAAUCUUGAUGAAAAAUAUUGAAAAAAGGCUUUUUUUAUAUAAGUACUUGUUAUACCAAAACAGAAUGUUAUUUAGUCAGCCUUUGCUCUUUAUCUUAUUUAAGAAGUAUUGAUUGUGUGCAUGACGUUACACUCCGUUCCUAACCUGAAACAAGCACACAAGUGACCACAACAACUGUUUAAGGGGAGAUUCAGGAGUUGAAAUUGUCUUUGUUUGUACUAAAUGUAAUGAGAGGUUUGAUUUGUAGGAUGAAGAGAUUUUCUGCUUUGUUAUAUGACUGAAAAAUACUACAACACAGGCCUCUGUGAGUGAAGCGAUACUGUGGAUUUUCCUGGUGUGGAAACAAACAUCACCCUCAAUACUAAAAAAAUCUAACACAAUCAGAGAAACCCCUGAAGCCUACAGGUGUCUCUUAGUUAUAAUCAAAGGAAAAUGUGCCUAUAUGGCUUUGGAAAACAUCUUUUCAGAACCACCAAAACUCAAAAAUAGCAAAUUAAUUGUACUUUUAAUUUUAGCGUGUUUUGUAAGCCUUUGAGAUGGUUUUUGGGACUAUGGAGGGAAAGCUUUUUUAAAAAGUGAGCGUUACAGUAUUGAUCAACACAUCUAUGACCUGUUCAAGUGUCCUUCAGCAAGGAACUAACCCUAAGGAACUAUGCCUUGCUAACUAUGAAUGAAAUUCCUCAGCUUUAAUGCCUGAAAUAUAAAUGUACAAUGAGGUAAGAUCGCACAAAACAAAAACAAAUAAAUAUGGGAAGCAUACUAACAUUUAACCACAUAUAUUAUUAUAUUUAUUGGGGUAGCCCCAUGGUGAGUAAAGGACAAGUUUCUCUAAGCGAAUGAUCUGAAUUUAUUCAUUUGUCUCUAUUAAUAAGCUCUCUGAGGGAAACGCAGUGCCAGUAAAGCAAAAACCAAGAACUUGUGCCUCUCUGUGAUGUGCUCAUUUCCCCUCAGAAAACAAAACGCCCACAUCAAGAAAAUCCUCCUGGUUUUUGUUUGAACACAUGCAAAAUAAUAUAUGAAAAGAGAAAAAUAUUUAAAAGGGUAGUGCCCCUUAUGGUAUAGCAGAUGGAGUGUUGAUCCCACAAAUUCAGUGCUUAAUGCUAAGAUUUAUUUUGGCAGAUGAGAAGAGGACAAUGAAAAAAAGCAAAUUUGUCUUAAAAACAGAGGAUUUGUGCAGCCACACAGUACAAAAGCAUUUCUAUGUGAGAGAUGUUGGAUUUCAGAGGUCACAAAAAACAUACAGCUUUUUCCUAAAGGACAGUAGUUUUACAGUGGCCUGUUUUGGAUGCAAGGUAAGCAUCCACUACUUCUCUGCUUUAUUCAUAGUAACUAAUUGCUUAUUCAAACAGCAACUUCUUUAUUUAACAGUAGCUACAGCAGCAAAUGGAAAAACUGUUAAUAUACACACACAAACAAAAACACAGUAUCUCCUUUCAGGAUAUCCACACAUUGUUUUGAGUUCUCAUCAAGAACAUACUGCUUUUUAAAUGGCAACGGACAUCAUGUACACAGAGGAAUUUUGAGAUGGUGUGAUUUAUUAUUAUGUUUUUGAUGUUUGAAUUCAUGGUGCAGAGAUGAUUUAUUUAUCAUUUUAAAUGCUGGUAGCUUGUUUUUUGGCUGCAGAAGCACUCAGUCUUCAGUGUGGGACUCGCACUGUCUGUGUGUUAAGAGGCAAUCUUCUUCUGCAAUACACAGUAUAACCUCUGUUCUUAUGUUAACCACUUGUAUGCUCAUACCCUGCUUUGUUAUUUCGUAGCACAUGUAAGACUCACAGUUAUACACCUACUAUACAUAUUAUGAUUAUUUUCUCAUUAAAAACAAAACCAAUACA